AUCGCGAGUAUUGUCGCACAGGUUUAGACACCUCAGAGGGCACAUAGUCGCUCUUCAGGCGCGAGCCAGGGGCUAUCUGGUACGGAAAAUGUAUCAGAAAAAAUUGUGGCGAUCGUGAAGAUACAGGCUCAUGUUCGAAGACUGAUCGCGCAGAGACGGUACAAAAAGAUCAAGUACGAGUAUCGGUUGCACGUCGAAGCGUUGAGACUUCGAAAGAAAGAGGAACGGGAAUUGAAAGACCAAGGUAACAAACGGGCAAAAGAAAUUGCCGAGCAAAACUAUAGGGAACGAAUGCAAGAGUUGGAGAGGAAAGAAAUAGAGAUGGAAUUGGAAGAUCGGCGUAGAAUGGAAUUAAAAAGAAUCUAAUAAACGACGCAGCUAAGAAGCAAGAUGAGCCGGUUGAUGAUAGCAAAUUGGUCGAGGCUAUGUUCGAUUUCUUGCCGGAUUCAAGCAGCGGCUCCACCCCUGCCAGGGAAACUUCUGUAUUCAACGAUCUACCAGCUCCAAAGGCGGAUCAACAGGAAAUCAUCAGUCCUGUUCAAACGGCCUCGGAGGAUGAGGAGGAUUUAUCGGAGUUCAAAUUCCAAAAAUUUGCGGCAACCUAUUUCCAAGGGAAUAUCACGCAUCAAUAUUCGAGAAAGCCGUUGAAGCAUCCAUUGUUGCCUUUGCAUACCCAAGGAGACCAGUUAGCCGCGCAAGCUUUAUGGAUCACGAUACUUCGUUUCACCGGAGAUUUGCCCGAGCCUAGAUUUCAUACGAUGGACAGAGAUACGACUUCGGUCAUGUCGAAAGUUACUGCCACGCUUGGCCGUAAUUUCAUUCGAAGCAAAGAAUUCCAAGAAGCACAAAUGAUGGGCGUAGAUCCGGAAACGUUUCUCAGGCAGAAACCACGAUCGAUAAGACACAAGUUGGUCUCAUUGACGUUGAAACGGAAAAACAAACUAGGCGAGGAUGUGAGACGAAAGUUACAGGAAGACGAAUACACGGCGGAUAGUUAUCAGUCUUGGUUGGAGGCAAGACCCACCUCGAAUCUCGAAAAGCUGCACUUUAUUAUUGGUCACGGAAUAUUACGUGCCGAGCUGAGAGACGAGAUAUAUUGUCAAAUAUGUAAACAAUUGACGAAUAACCCUUCCAAAUCUUCGCACGCUCGCGGUUGGAUUUUGCUCUCGCUUUGCGUCGGAUGUUUCGCACCGUCCGAGAAAUUUGUCAAUUAUUUGCGAGCAUUCAUUAGGGAGGGACCGCCUGGAUAUGCACCGUAUUGCGAGGAUCGGCUCAAGAGAACGUUCAACAACGGUACACGGAAUCAACCGCCGAGCUGGUUGGAACUUCAAGCGACCAAAUCGAAGAAACCUAUCAUGUUACCAAUCACGUUUAUGGAUGGUAAUACUAAAACAUUACUUGCCGAUUCUGCAACCACCGCCAGAGAAUUGUGCAAUCAAUUGUCCGAUAAAAUAUCGUUACGCGAUCAAUUUGGAUUUUCCCUUUACAUCGCGUUAUUCGAUAAAGUAUCGUCCCUUGGUAGUGGUGGAGAUCACGUGAUGGAUGCCAUCUCCCAAUGCGAGCAAUACGCCAAGGAACAAGGUGCUCAAGAAAGGAAUGCUCCGUGGAGAUUGUUCUUCAGAAAAGAGAUAUUCGCACCUUGGCACGAGCCGACCGAGGAUCAAGUCGCUACUAAUUUAAUUUAUCAACAGGUAGUUAGAGGGGUCAAAUUUGGCGAGUAUCGUUGCGAUAAGGAAGAAGAUUUGGCAAUGAUCGCCGCUCAACAAUAUUACAUCGAAUAUCACACAGACAUGAACGUGGAUAGGUUAUAUACCCUUUUGCCGAAUUAUAUUCCAGACUAUUGUUUGACGGGUAUUGACAAAGCGAUCGAUAGAUGGGGACAUCUUGUUUUGCAAGCAUAUAAAAAGAGUUAUUAUUUAAAGGAGAAGGUACCUGCUUUACGCGUUAAAGAAGAUAUCGUUGGUUAUGCCAAAUUUAAGUGGCCAUUGCUUUUUUCUCGUUUUUACGAAGCGUAUAGAAAUUCUGGCCCGAAUUUGCCAAAAAAUGAUGUUAUUAUAGCUGUCAAUUGGACCGGAGUAUACGUCGUAGAUGAUCAAGAACAAGUACUUCUCGAAUUGUCGUUUCCCGAGAUUACCACCGUGUCUAGUCAAAAAACUAAUAAAAUGUUCACGCAAACGUUCAAUUUGUCAACGGUGCGAGGAGAAGAAUUUACUUUUCAAAGCCCUAAUGCCGAAGAUAUUCGUGAUUUGGUGGUAUACUUCUUGGAAGGUCUGAAAAAACGUAGUAAAUACGUUAUCGCUUUGCAAGAUUACAAAGCACCAGGUGAAGGUUCCUCGUUUUUGACUUUUCAAAAGGGGGAUCUCAUCAUUUUGGAGGAGGAAAGUACCGGCGAAACUGUUCUUAAUUCGGGAUGGUGCGUCGGCACGUGCGAAAGAACCGGCGAAAAAGGCGAUUUUCCAGCCGAGACAGUUUAUGUUUUGCCCUCGCUAACGAAACCACCAAACGAUAUUUUGUCCUUGUUCAGCAUCGAAGGAACAGAAAAUGGCCGAAAAUUGUAUCCGCAGCAAGUAAAUGGAGUAGAAUCUCGUGACAAACCUCACACUCUCUUAGAAUAUGCUAUUGAUCAUUUCCGGUAAAUGACAUUUGUAUAUUCAAAUAUUAUAUAUAUA